AGCAUGCUCUGCAGCAUGAAGAUGAGAACAAUGUCUGAUGAGGCAGAACAGAGAACGCGUGAUGAGGAUUUUGGUUCCGAGGAAGAGGAGGGUGAGGAAGGGGAUGUGGAGUCAUACCUGGAGGACAACAGCAGCGACCUUAUGGACCGACUCAGAGAGCUGGAGGCAGAGAACUCUGCUCUGAUGUUGGCGAAUGAGAGCCAGAGGGAAGCUUAUGAACGAUGCUUGGAUGAGGUGGCCAAUCAUGUGGUCCAAGCCCUGCUUAAUCAGAAGGAUCUGCGGGAGGAGUGCAUCAAGCUGAAGAUGUUGGUGUUCGACCUGGAGAGACAGAACCGAUCGCUGUGUGAGCUCUUCCAGCAGAAGCUCCCCAACCAACCCACUGCCCAGUACCAGGUUCAGACUGGACCCCUCCCAGACUACAAUGCACAGCUGCACAAUGACUCGGCCAAACAGGUGGAGCCAGCCCAGACUGAAGCACAAGCCAAGGGAAAUGGCUUCCGCACACAACAUGCCUCCCCGGGCCCUCGUGGCCCCGCCACCUCCAUGGAGGCCCUGUCUCCCUUCUUCAAGAAGAAAGCGCACAUCCUUGAGGUCCUGCGCAAAAUGGAGGAGACAGACCCCCUGAAGUUCCACCCAUCCACUACGAGCUUGUCUUUCUGCGACUACAGCCAGGUGCUGAUGUCAACAGAGGCUGUUCUGGCAGACCCCCACCCAGUCCACUGCAAAUCCCACCACACACAUUGCCGCUGCUCCUGCACCGACACCGAUGCACACCAGCAUGUCAACGGUGACGGGGCAGCGAAGUGUGAGGGAGCAAGCACAUGCUGUUUACACUGCAAAAGGAGCCCUGACAGUGCUCCGAAGCCAUGCAACCAUGUCUGUAGUCCUUCAAAAGCUAACUCCUCCGCCUUGAGCCAUGUACCUGCAGCCACCAUGAGUGAAUGUCAUGGUAAGACCAGAGCAGGAGAGUCCAUGCAAUGUACCAUCAACAAAGCCCACCAGCAGCCAGCAGGCACCUCAGCCCACUCAGUGACAGAGACAGUCCAACAGAGCCUGGAGGUGGCCAGAGUAGAACAGGACAGCUCUGAAUGUGGUGUUUCUGAGGAGCUCACUGGUUUCUGUGGCACUUCUGAUCUGCCCAGUUCUGUGAAGGAGAGCAUGCAGAUCCCUCACAGUGACACGGAUUCAAGCGGCUGCUUUCACAAUGGCUUGGGGCAGUUGUCCAGCACCACACUGAAUGACCCCUCAGCUGUCCCAGAGAAAGACAUCACAGACCAGGAAGCUUCUUCUGUCCGAGCCAGCGCAUCUGUCAGCCCGAGCCCAUCCUGCCUCGGUGACGUCAAAGCUGCCGCCAUCAACUCCCCAUCCAAGCUGCUCAAGUUCCUGAAGAUCCCGUCGAUAGGAGACAAGGCCCAGGCGUCAACCUCGGCAGUUCGGCUCAGCCCACAACUCACACGCAACUCCAGAAUCCCCUGUCGCACCAACAACUACGAGGUGUAUCACUCUCCAGUUCCUUCCCGCAGGGCCACCACCACAGAGAGGUGCAAGCAGCCCCCGCCACCACCAUCCAGGUCCGAGUCCUACCCUGCCACACACUCGGCACCAACCUCCCCUCCGCAGCCCGAAGAUAUCUGCUCUCCGCCCCCUAAGGAAAUAAGCUACAGCAGUCUUUCUGCACCAAAAACCAGUGGAGGCUCAAAACCGGGAAAUUCAACUGCUGCAUCAAUGGGCUCUCCUAGAGUUUCUCAAAAGGUGCCCCAUUAUGAAAAUGUCUUGGAUAUGUCCACCACCAGAGAAGAGGAACAAACCCAGGGUCAUGAAAAGAGAAGCGCUAUUCCAUCUCAAACAAAGGCAAACGGUGGAGAGAGGAAGCUUGUUAAAUCUUUACCAGAAAGUGUCCUGAAUCCUUCUCCUCAGCGAAAGCAGUCAUCCUCAUCAAUGUCAGAGUCAACUUCCGAUGAUGAAGAGGAUUCAGACAGUCCAGUAUGGGUCAACCAUCACAGUUUGCCCAACACAACCACCCUCAGCAAAGCUCAGAGCCAAGCAAGCUACCCAAGAACAAGAGACAAACAUGAGAUAGGCAAUAUGCCAAGCUGUGAAGUCGCUCAGCCUCCUCCUCCGCCUCCUGUCCGAAGGAGCGACUCCUCAUCCAUCCCCAAGAGGCCUAGCUCUGGGGCAGGGAGAUCCCAGGCGGACUCCAGUCAUCACGCUUUCAAAGACAGACUGGCGGCGCUGGGCAAGCUGAGGAGUUCUGAGGAUUUACAAGUCAGGCCUGUAGACACAGUCACUGAGGUUGCCCAUGGAGAGGAGAGGAGCAAGAUGGCAGAGAGGUCCACAGAGGUCCACAAAGAGGAGCAGAGGCAUUCAAAGUACACAGACUCUUUGGAUGGUAAACCUAAAAGUAGCAGUGUUGGUUUGAAGUAUCCAGGUUCAUCUCAACUGUAUGAACAGACUGGAAAAUCUCAGUCAGGUAAACAAGAACUGUGCGUGCCCAAGCCUGAGGCCUCCAAGAGCAAGAUUGGUUUACCGUCCCCCAACACAGAUGCUCCCCAGAUCCUACGCAACAACAUCAAGUGUCCUGGCUCCCUGAAUCUGGCUUACAAUGUCAAAAGUGGUCCCCAGAGUAGCAACAGUCCUAACAAAAUCCCUCCGAAAUCCCCGUCCAAACCUUGCCAAGGCGUCUCUGUCCACCGAGGUGGGAAGCCUUCGGAAGCACCGCGUUACUCAUCCAAGUCAGAGGAGAGGACUAAAAUCAGCGGGAAAGGAAAGAAGAAUCCAAUGUAUGGAGACAGCCUCCCACCACCUCCUCCAAGACCCCCGACGUCUGAGGCGGAGAAGCCAGUGCAGCCAGCUCCUACUCCACAAUCUGCCAUUGAACAAAAGGUGAUGAAGGGAAUUGAGGAGAACGUCUUAAAGCUUCAGGAGCAGGAUCGUGGAGGGCAAGGCAGUGAGGUUAAGCAGAAAGCCUCAAAUGGCAUUGCCAGCUGGUUCGGUCUGAAGAAGAGCAAGCUGCCCGCACUGAACCGCAAGACCGACGCCACCAAAUCAAAAGAUGAGAAGAAGGAGUGGAAGAUAAACAUCCCCUCAGUGGGCAAAGACUCAGCGAAAAUGGCGAGCAGAUGCAAAGAAGGUGUAGAAGGCUUGAACAUCUCCACUCUGAUGGAGAAGGCUGAGGGCCUGAGGAGGGCCCUGGAGGAGGAGAGGGCCUAUGUGGAAAGGUCUGGCAGGGGCCACUCCUGUGAGGUGGUGAUGGACCAAGCUCAGGGACAGCUGGCGGUCAUGUACAGAGGGGGGCGCUCCGACAACUUCAUGCAACAGCUGCUUAACAGAGUGGAUGGGAAGGAAGUGAUCAGCUUGCCGCAGCGCCGACUCUCAUUCGACUGUAAGACCUCCAAGCCGGUGUUCACUCAGCAGACCAGCAUCAUCAGUCACACCACCAGUCACGACGACAUGGAGAAGGGAUCAGAUAGAAUCAGCAAGAUCACAUCAGACGAAAACCUCGCAGAUUCAGUUCACUCUCAGCACUUUGCAGGCUCCGGUGCUUCCACAUACACCCUGGACAGCGGUAUCGGUACAUUCCCUCUUCCAGACUGCAGCAGUGGAGCCAUGGGAAGAGGCCCAUCAAAGGCGAGAGCGGGAGCUGAGCACCACUCCCCUGGAAGAUCUGGAAGACGAGCCCGCACCCUAGACAGGGAGCUGACAUCACAGGAGGAGUGCUUUGCGUCGCACAAACAACUAAUCCCAACCAUUCAGUACUGCUCCAUGCUGGAGGGGAGGAGCUCGGCCGGAGUCAUCCGUGAAGAUAAAGAGGCCCACGGAGCCAACGUGUUCUCUCCACGGUCCAAGACUUGGACCUUCCCCAACCUGAAGACUCCAGCAGGACCUGCAGAGGUGUACUUGGCUGUGGAGGAGGAGGAGGAAGAGGAGAAUGCAGUAACGUUUGGAUCACCGUUCAGAGGGGUACACCAAAUUAAAACCCAAAAUUGAGUUUUUCUCAUCAGACCAAUACAACGGAUUUUUUAUAAGAUUUUUUUUUGCACCAGCAGCAGUAGUGGCCUUUAUUUUAUUAUUUGAAAAUAGGCAGACAGGAAGUGGGGUGAAGAGAGAGGGAAGACAUGCAGCACGGGUCACCGGGGUCGGUCCUCGAACCAGGGACAGCUGUGUCGAGGACUGAAGUCUUCGUAUAUGGGUCAUGCUCUACAACUACGCCCCACACCGUGCCCACAAAGGAUUUUUAAUAUAUAAAUGUGGGCCUGCUGAAAAGUAUGUCCAUGUACUAUUCUGUAUAUGUGCUCAGUACCUGGUCUGGGAUCCUUUUCCAUGAAUCACUGCAUCAGUGCGGCGUGGCAUAGAGGCCAUCAGCCUGUGGCACUGCCGAGGUGUUCAGGAAGUCCAGGUUGCUUUGACAGUGGCCUUCAGAUCGACUGUAUUAUUGGGUCUGGUGUCUCUCAUCUUCCUCUUCACAAUAUUCAAUCCUUUUUCUGUAGAGUUUAGGUUGGGCCAGUAUGUUGGCCAAUCAAACACAGUCAUACUAUGGUCAUCAAAGCUGCUAUUGGUACCUUUGGCAGUGUGGGCAGGUGCCAAGUCCUGCAAGAAGAUGAAAUCAGCAUCUCGUUGAAGCUUAUGAACAGAGAGAGUUAUGAAAUGCAUUAAAACGUCCUGUUAGAUGGCUGCGCCAUCUUGAUAAGGCACAGUGGAGCAACAGCAGCAGAUGAGUUUGGAAACUUCAUACUGGAACUCAAAGGACUUGGAUUCUAAGCCUACUCACUCUUCCUCUGUACUCUCGAACCAGAUAAAUUGCUAAAUGUACUUUCAUCUGAAAAAUGCAUAUUUUAGGAGUGGCUUAACUCCUGAAUACAACAGUCAUAGGCCAUGUCCUGUAUGUGUCUGUGUGGUGUGGCCCUUGAAGCUCUGACUCCAGAUGCAGUUCACUCUUUGUAAAUUUCCCAUAAACCCUUGAAUAGGCUGAAGUUAUCGCUGUUACUUGUGAAGCAUUUUUCUACCACACUUUUACCUUCAACACAACUUUCCAUUAGUGUGCUUAGAUAAAACACUGAACAGCCAGCUUCUUUAGCUGUGGCCUGUUAUGGCUUAACGUUGUAGCAGAGCGUGUCAAUGACUGUCUGCUAGAAAACUGCCGAGUCAGCAGUCUUCCCUAUGAUUGUGUAGGCUACAGCGUAACAUUUCUGGUCUGAUGUAAUAUUCUAAUUUUCAGAUAAACUGAACGUUGGGUUUUCAUUAGUUGAAAGGCUCUGUCAUCUGAACAGAUCUGUGAUCUGAACAUCUGAUCAUUUCUCCAAGUCAGAAGGUAAAUUAAAAAACGAGGGCAGAUUGAAAGGGGCGUGGUGUGACAUGUGUAUUCUGCACUGCAUCUUAUGUAAUGCAAAAACGUAGAUCCACAUUGUCCCCUCAGAAAUUAUUAAUAGCUUGAAUAUGAAAAAUUCACAGAUGCAACCCACUUUUGUCUUUCGCACCUGAUGCUGUUACAUAAGAUAACAUAAAAUGUUUCCCACUCCUCUGUCAUC